CUACAACUAAAGAAGAACAAACGUGAACCAAUCCGUUGCGCAAAAUGUCAGCGAUACGGUCAUAUAGCUAGAGACUGUAUUCAACAUCACGACACAUGUGCCAACUGCACAGAAGAACACAGGACCAGUGAAUGCACCAACAAAGACCUCACUCGAUGUGUCUCUUGCAAAACGGAUAAUCAUGCUAGUUGGGCCAGAACAUGCCCAGAACUCGAAAGACGUUGUACUGACCUUGAUUCCAGAGACCAAGGCAACACCAUGCCGUACUAU